AUCUCACUUUCCCUUUCAGAAUUGGAACUAAGCAGGAUCAAGAAGCUUGUUCUACCCAUGUUGGAUAGCUUUAGACUAGCCAGGAUCAGGGAGGCUUCAGAGUUGUUUGAGGAAUUAGAAAGAAGAGGGAAGUUUUCCUUUUCCUUUGUUAAAGAUCUUCUGGAAAGAAUCCAUCGUUUUGAUCUUGUAGAGAAACUUGCUGAACCUUUUCACAAUGGUGGAGAAUCGUGUAGAAGGGAAUCUUGUUCACCUCAAGAGAACAAACAACUGGUUGACAUGUCUGAAAGUGUUUCUGGUGUCAAUGGUAAACAAUGCGAUGAAAUGGAAGAAAGGAAAGAAAUAUUUGACAACACUGAAGUUGAUGAAGAGGAAGAAGUUUGCAACAAUUCCAAUGUAAACUCACUUAAUGGUGAUAAAGAGGGGGCUGCUCUUACUUUUCAUGCCGAGAGUGUGAAUGGAUCAAGGUUUUUUGGAGAUGUGGAUUUGUCAGAGGAGAGAUACGAUUCAGCCUCAGGUUUGUCUCAGUCAUUUGAUGUGUCAAGUAUUGGAUUGGACUCCCGAGAGAAGUCUUGGUCACCUUCAUUUACAGUUGAACAAUUUGAAAGUGAAAAGCUGAAAGGAGCAUGUGCUGCUAAUGGCAAAAGGGUCAAAGAAGUUACUCAUGACUUCUCUUUUCCUGAUGGUGCAGAGACACAAUCUUAUUCUAAUCAUCACUUUAAUGACACUGUAGAUGGUGCAGCUAAUUUACCAGAUAGAGCCCAAGAUAGUUUAAAGCAAGAAGACUUAACUAGUGUGAAUCAAGAUUCUCUUCCAAAUGGAGACACAAAUCAGAGGCAAAAUGUUUCAGGUGCAAGGUUCACUGCUCAAAAGGACACAGCAACAGAUCUUUCUGACUCUCAUGUGAGCAGUCAGUCAAAGAAAUGGGAGCAUUUAGGGGCCAGGCCAAGAGACAGACCUAAAACAGACAGAUGUCCAGAACCUUCUUUGCUAAACUCAUUGGAAGACUUGGUACCUCCACAAGUUGCUGGACCUGUGGCUCAUGGAGUGGCCAACACAUUCUUAGAAAGACACUCAGAAGACAAACAUCUUCAUGAAAGUUUAUAUUACACUAACGUUGAGAAGAUGUUGACUGAGAAUUCUUCAUUACAAGGAGCUUCUCAUGUAGACAGCAUGGUAAACUUGACUGAGUCAAAUAAAGCUCAACUGUACUUUGGUGAGUGUCAAGUUCCUUUCAGGCCAGAUCCAUAUUCUCAAAUACAUGUGUCAUUGUUCCCUCAGACUAGUGGAGCAUGUAUUGGAGGAAAUAACAGUUCAAACACUGGCUUCAACUUAUUGAAUCCUAAUGUAGCCAACAACUUUGUGCCUUUUACAGGACUGCAAGAUGGGACUUUUCCAUCUUUACAAAGAGAUGAAGUUUUUCAUUCAGGGUUCACUGGUUCAGGAUUGACCUCUGAUUUCAUGCAGCCCACAGGAUCUCAAAUAGGUGCCUUUAACGCAUUGAAUUCCAAUUCAUCAUUAAAUGAGUAUGCUCUUGGUACAAGAGAGCCUCAAAUACCUCCGGAUGGGCAUUUUACAAGUUUGCAAAUUAAUCAACCAAUUCACCUAGGGUUACAUGGUUCAGGCUUCACUUCUGACUUGACAGGGUCCACAAGGCCUGAAAUGACACAUUCUGCAACUGGUACACAGAGAAACAGUGACUUCAGAGGCAGUGCAUCAAUGUUACCUUCAACAAGAAAUUCUGGAUUAUUAGGAAGUUCAUCAGUUAACAAGCAAACCUAUGGUUUCCCUCCAGAUGCUUCCCUAACUUCAUCUUCAGGUGCAAGGGUUAAUGGAUCUGACAGCAAGCUUUUUUCAGAAUCAGAGUCAAGUAGAGUUAGUCAGUUAUUGCCAGUCACAACAGGCAGUGAUGGUUUGAAUACAUCUGAAGAGGUUAACUCUAGUAGCAAUGCAAUGAAUGCAUCUGGUGAUCAUUUGGCUUCUGGACAUUAUAGAGAAGGAAGCAGGGCCUAUAAUUCUUCAAGCUCUCACAUGAUAUCUGGUACUGAUACAGGGGAGAGUCAAUCUGGCGAAACUGAAGAUUCAGUCACAAACAGAAACUAUGGCACAGAGUCAGUGGAGUCUACGGAUAACUCCCUACUUGAAUUGGAACAGCGUGUUGAAGAGGCUUGUGCAAUGGUGGAAAGAGUGCUUAGGGAGAGAGAAGAAAGAGAAGAGUUUGGUCGGGAAAUUGAAAGAAAAGAGCGUGAAAUUCGAGCAGAAAGAGCACGAAAGAAGAGAGAAAGAGAAGCAAGGGAGCUAGAGGAAGCCAGAGGAUGGCCUCAACAGCAGGAACCAGUUACUGGACAGUCUUUGUGGCUUUGUGAGCAUUACCAACGUCAUUGUAGAGUACGUUUCCCUUGCUGUAACAACUUCUAUUCAUGCCACCGUUGCCAUAAUAAUUCCAAAGAAUGUGACAAUGAGGAAGCUAAAGCAAGUCAUGCUACUCACCUUAAAUGCAGCUACUGUCAUCAUGAACAAGAGAUUGGUGAAGACAGUGGCAAGUGUCGUAGUUGUGGAGCAAAGAUGUCAGCAUACUUCUGUGCUAUUUGUAAACACUUCACCAGCAUUGACAAAAAUCCAUACCACUGUGAAAAAUGUGGAAUAUGCCGCAUACAUAAAGACAAAUCGUUCCACUGUGAUGUAUGCAAUGUCUGUCUCGACAAACGGCUUCAAGGAAAGCACAAGUGUAGGCCAGACUCUGGCCAUGAUGAAUGCUGUAUCUGUUUAGAGGAUGCUUUCAGUGGAUGUCAGAUUUUACCCUGCUCACACAAGGUUCAUCGAGAAUGUGCAAUAGCUAUGAUACAGAAUGGAAUCCGCACAUGCCCAGUAUGCAGACACCCAUUAUACAGCCCAGCUCCUGAGUGAAAAUUGCUGCAUUUCAUGUUGGUGACUGUCAGCUGCUCAAGGCAUGUCUUUCAGAAGGAAAAGCAUGUCAAAAAGAGAAGAAAAUGUUUUACAAUUCUGAUAUUAAAGUGUAUAUUAAAUAGGUAUGCAUUAUGAAGCAAACAAAUUUCAGACAGUAUUUGUAUAUUGUUUGAGUUAAAGCCAUGACUUAACCACAUUACUUUAAGAAAAAUGGCUUUCAGUUAGGUUUUGCUGAAAGACAUGUUCUUUGAAUGCUAAAUAUCUCUGACAAGGAAACAAUUUUGUUCCACUUUGAAAAAAAUUGAGAACAUGGUAUUAAAAUGAAAAAAAGGCACAUGAUUAUUAAAGAAUUAUC